UUUUUAUCUCUGGCUAUUGGUUGUUGCGGGGAAAAUGCAUAUUGAGCCGUUGCCCGGCAAUGGACGUCUCUGUAUGCGCUCUCUCGGAAACGUGUUUUAACAACGUCAAGGCCACAGUGCGGCUGGAAGGAUUGGGUAAAUUCGGGAAUCGAACCCACGACCCUGCGGCUUGUAGAAUGAGUUACAGUAGUCAAGGCAUUCAGAAGUGACAGACAUUUCUCACCACUUGGUCAUGUUUCGUAACAGAUGUCACCUUGCAACAGCUGGAGCUGAAAAAACGCCUAUGUCGCGAGAUGUUGCAGCUGCUGGAGACGUUGGGGGCAGGACAGUGCAGGAUGAGAGGCCUGCUGCUUUACGAACUGCACUGUACUUUAAUGGAACUGCGACAGAGGCGUCUUGAGAAUUUGGGAAGCAAGAACACAUGUGGAGCCGAACUGCGGGAUCUGGGCCGGGAAGCUCUCGACUUGGUGGAGGAAGCAGUCGAAAUCCUCGGAGACGACAUUACAGCGCCCCUGGACAUACAGAACCGCCUGCGCAUGUGCAGAGAAGCCGUCACUGGGAUAUAGUUCAUGGAUCAUCUGCCGCCCCACCCUCCAAUUGUAUCUCUUCCUACCAAGACCAUAUAAUUUCUGGAAAGCUGUUAGUUUCCUUCGUGACGAAAUGGUUGCAGAUGUAUGAUUUUUCUGAAACAAAUGUUUUCUGUUCGUUAAAAUAAACCGUGUUUUAAGAAUAAAAUUCUUAUUUAUUAUGAGAAUAGAAAUGCAGUCACAUCUCGACCCAAGACUUCCCGAAUUUCGAUCCCAUUAAAUCAAUUAAAAUGUAAAGCUCUCUCUGUAACAGGCUGUGGAGGUCCAUAGGGUUGUGAGACGUCGAGCUCCCACAUUCUUCUAGAUAAUUGACUGAGAGGGCCAGGGCCAUAGUGCGGCUGGAAGGAUUAGGUAAAUUUAAAAGAUCCAGUGAUCUCAUUUGGGACUUGAACCCGCGACCUUCCGGCUUGUAGCAUAGUGCCUUAUUCAACUAGGUUACCGCCUGCCACCAUUACAGGAGCUAAAAUGUAGACAGAUGGGUCUGAGCCUAGAGCUUCAGGAACGGAACCCAGUACGCCUCAUGUUAUAAUGAACUUGACUUAUGACCCUCAUUCGGAACCGCAUUAAGUCGUGAGUACGAGAUGAGACUACAAAGGCCAUUGAAAUUUCAAUCGGCAAUUGUUAAAAAAAACACCUCAAAAUGAUAGAAGCUAUAAGCACAAUAUGGUUCUGAGUUUUAUUUAACUUAUUUAACUGAAGUCACAGGAACAACAUUUUGCUCUGAGGAUACAUUGUCUCAGCCAUGAAAUAGAUGGAUCAUUCCACCAGCUGUAACUUGGCACCAGACGGUGAGCCAGGCAUCAGUGAUUUAAAACAAAAGCGACACGAGGGUGCCCGGAACGUCAUAUCCCCAUCACACAAAAGGUAAAAGUCUGUUUGAGCCUUGCUGAAAAGUGUUGUGUUACACACGGCACAGUGUUGGGGCCGAGAGCCACAGGGAACGUCUGGCUGUACUACUGUUCGUAAGUUCCCUGCCUCCUCUAGCCAGUGGUCAGAAACCAAAGAAAACUCUGGACAGAACUUUAAAAUAAGCCACGAUCAUUUCAUCGUUAAUGCCUCUGUGCAUUUAGCCAAACAAAAUAGACAUGUCUACACGUUUUAAAUAAACAAACAAAUGUCAAAAAAAGUAUUGUUUCACCCUUUGAAGUGUCAGGGUAAUUUUGAUUUUCUGAAUUAGUGUCAAACUUCAUAAUCUGGGGAAAUACUUUAAUUCAUUCAUUCGUUUUUAUUUUAUCCUGCAGAUCAAAAUAUAAUGCCACAGGACUUGUAUAUCUAUAUUAUUAUUGAAAUACACUAAUGAUAAUGGUAUAAACUUAUUGAAAAUAUGGCUUAUUCUAUGCAUAUGCUUAUAAGUAGCCACUAUUACAGAAUCCUUCAUUGAAAUCAUCUUCUGCUGAAUAAUGGCAUCCCUUAACAAGUAAGUCCUGAGACACAACUGUUGAAGGCCAGACUGCAGAAGAAAACAUGGCAGAGAUACCUUCACUUGGCGAUGAAUGCCCAUGGUCACCACUUGACUCUGCCUAUCGAGUUUAUGUAGGAGUGUUCCUGAUAAUCUCAGGCAUUCUUGGUGUUGUUGCCAAUGGUUGGCUGGUCACUGGGUUCCUCAUUAGUCCACUGCUCAACAUUAAGACACACUUACUGAUACUGAACCUCACAGUCAAUUGUUUAGGACGUGGGCUACUGGCAGGGUUCCCGUUUGCUGGAACUUCAAUUCUCGCUGGCAGGUGGCUGUUCGGUGCCAAAUGUUGCCAGCUCUUCGCCUUCCUCCAGCAGCUCUUUGGCAUGUCCCAGGUUGCUGCAGUCACAAUGCUGGCAGUCGAGCGUGUCAUGGUGACCCGUUAUCUUUACUCUAGAACCCACCCUCCUCUGCAGCAGUAUGUAACAGGAAUUUUGCUUUGCUGGACUACUGCUGCAUUGUGGUCAGUGCCACCGCUUCUAAGUUGGGGAAGGUAUGGCUGUGAUCCUACUGCCAUGUCUUGCAGUCUGCAGUGGGAUCUAAACACAGGCUACUCCAGCAAAAUAUACAACAUCUGUCUGCUUCUCCUUGGAGGGAUUCUUCCUGCAACACUUAUGUCUUUUUGCAUAUGGUGUGCUGUGAGUUCUGAGGGGAGAUCCAGUGCUGGUAUGGAUGUAGAUCGCCUGUCACAACGUGCCCUCACCAAGACUGUAGGAGUGCUUGUGCCAGGACUGUGUCUGAUGUGGCUGCCACACUCUUUGCUAGUACUGUGGUCUCUGACAGGAAUCCCAUUGCCAGUUCCACUGGUUAUCCUAGCUACAAUGAGUUCAGAGGCAUCUGCGGUUAUUCCUAUAUCAGCAUGUAUGGCAUGUGAUCAGAAUAUGCGAAGGGCUCUCCUUGGAAUUUUGGGUAUAUCCACAUAUUCACCUGCAAAGAAUGGAAGAUAAGGCAUUCACCUGAGGCAUAUAAAGUAAUUCAUACAAGUGUGUCAUGAAACUGAAUGAUAUAACAUACAAAGGAAAUGUGGGUUCAUCACACAGUGUAUGCUCACUUUCCAAGUCAUUAUGGCAACAAAUAAAAUCUGAACCUUUAAAGUGGGAAUAACACUUGAAUUAAGUAUCUAAAGUUCACUUAUGUAAUGAAAGUAAUAUUUUGAUUGAGGGUUCAGCUCGCAUCCAGGAACACUACUGCAAUACUUCAUGUCACAUUAACAGCCAUGGCUAUGGUAUAUACUGGCAAGAGUAUGGAGUCAAUUUCACAAUACUUUUGAGUGUUCAAUAUUGACCUUUUUUCCAGAAGCAUUUUUGGCAAACAGUUUACUUAAAUGUAGCUGUUUCCACACAGCCACAUAACUAAUCAAUGGCCUGCUAAGAUGUAGGAAAGAAGAAAGGUUUAGAAAUAUUUCAUAAAGACACACAUACAUGCACCAACCUCAAUACACACACAUAUAUCAGAUGGCUAUGAGGCUCCUUAUGAACUGUACAUGUGUCCAAAAACUGAAAUGCUGAACACUCAAUGUAGUUACAUACGUGGCAAAUGCUCACUGUGGUACAGCUGGGAAAACAGCUGCUGUAACCAGGACUUCAAGCACCCAUCACACACCAAUGAAUGUGCCACCUUCUAGGAACGUGGUCAGUAGGUUAACAGAGAGAAGUCUGUCUACAGAGUAAGGAACUUUAAUGUUACACAGUGUGGCCAGCUUCCCUUUAACUCAUGGGUUCAUUCAUGUUCAACAUGGAUACAAGAGCUUAAUUUUGCAAAGCAUUAUUCUUGUACUAGGGCGGAGAUUGCUCUUUUCCACUUAUACUGUGACAGAAAAGAGACUUGUGGCGAAGGCAGGAAAUCAGACACUUUGAAAUAUAACCAAAAUGAAUAUUAAUUUACUACAAAGUGUAUAAAUAACAAAUAACAAUGUAUCAUUGACAAUAAGCAUUGCAAUGGUGUGGUGUCAUCCUUUGUUAACUCAGCACACUGUACAACAAUAAUUUUCUCUUUGAUGUGAAUUUGGUCGAAUUCUGCGUAUUUUUAUGUGUACACUGCAGAAAUGUUCAUGAAAAUCUUCUAUCAUACACAGGUAUCUUUAGAAAACUGAAUUACUGAUUUCUUUGCAAACACAAAAAUUUAUGACAGGCAUUUGGCUUGAAGAGUGGAAGAGGGCAGCCACUAGUCAACAGAUUGUCUUGAUAUGCACUGACUCAGCAGAAAACCACCAAGGCAUAAUUCACCUGUGUUUCUGUAAAGAUGAGAAAAAGUUAUUCAUCUUGUUGUACAGUGUAAUUUGUUUUACAAAACUCGGUGUUCGGUCAUAUUUAUAUUCAGAUGUCCAUAACAUACAAAUGUGUAAAUUAUUAUCAAGAAUACAGUUCAUUAAAAUAUUGCAAACAUCUUUACC